AUGAAUAGGUUACGGAAAUUACUUAUGCAAGAGGAAGAAGAUGCCAUUACAAGAAAUCGUCAAAGAGCCCUGGUGUUGCAGGCAGCUUCCUCUCAUAUCUUGAGGAUCCAAGAGGAAGAAUCACAGUGGGGUGGUUCACAGCCCGGGCGCCAGUACAUCGCAAGAGAUCGAGAAGCUAUGGAUCGACGAUUGAAAGCUCUAUACUUCACUUCGCCGUGCAGGUUCCAGGGCGAUAUAUUUCGCAGAAGGUACAGAAUGCGACCUCAUGUGUUUGACCAAAUGAUGCAUGAUGUCGCCAACCAUGAUCCGUACUUCGUGCAAACUGAUGAUGCCUCCGGCAGAGUUAGUUUGUCUACCGAACAAAAGCUGACUUGUGCUAUGAGGAUGCUUGCUUACGGGCUUCCGGCUGACCUGUGUGAUGAGUUUCUAGAAGUAGCUGAAUCUACAGUUUUGGAGAUCUUGUCACACUUUACUAGAGCAAUCUGGAAUGUGUACCACGAUCAAUACCUUCGUUGA